UAUGCCUUUUCAAACAAACAAAAAAGAAUAUCCAUAAAAAAUAACAAAAUUCAUACCCCUUAGCACGUUUUUAAUUUCCACCAGAUUUUUUUUCAUCUAUAAAAUCCACCAUUCAUAUCUCUUCAAAACCUUCUUCACCUACCCCUUAUCUCAUCACCGAUUUAUCGAUCUAGGGUUUCUCUAAUCUCAAUUUUCCCUCCACAAAUUCUCGAUCUAGGGUUUCUGAUUUGAUUCCAAAAAAAACUUCAAUGUUUAUGGAAUUUCUAUGACGCUGGUGAACCCUAUACGACGUAUCCGUCUCCAACAUUCAUUCUCCGUCGCAUUCCUCUACUGGUUCUACGUGUUCUCAUGAAUUUCAUUUUAUCUCUGUAAUCUCUCUAAUCUUUUCCCCUUUUUCUGAAAACUUUCUGAUUAGAUCCGCACAAUUCUAUAAUUUCCCCCAAUUUUGACAAAAUUACCGAUUCAAAGCUCGAAAAAUCAAUGGCUUCUGGUCACCGUCACGUAAGUUCCGGCUCAGACGGCGGAGAUCUACUCCUCGACGAGAAGAAGAGAAAGCGAAUGCUGUCGAACCGCGAAUCCGCGAGGCGUUCGAGGAUGAGGAAGCAGAAACAGAUUGAAGAUCUGGCCGAAGAAGCUGGCAGGUUGCAAAGUGAGAACGAUUUCCUUAAGCAGAAGAUUAAGGCGACGGAGGAUGCAUAUACUGAAAUGGAAGCGGCAAACAAUGUUGUUAGGGCACAAACAAUGGAGCUGAAAGAUCGGUUACGCUUCCUCAACUCGGUGGUGAAAAAUGCUGAAGAUGCUAAUGGUCGCUCUAAUGAUAUGUCUCUGUUUUCUGAUCCUCUUCUCAAGCCUUGGUUCAUGCCUCAUUCGAAUUAUGCUCUCAUUGCUUCCAAUGAUAUGUUGAUGCAUUGAACUUGAAUCUUGUUGUUUAUUUACUUGUGUUUAAUUAGUGUGUGUGUUUUUAUUCAGUCUGUGUUCUAUUUUGUAUCAUCGAAUAAAAGUUACUUCUUUUGGUUUGUUUUAGAGGCAAUUGUUAUGUAAUAUCUAAGUUAUCAUUAAUGUGAAUGUUAUUUUUUAUUGGCA